UAAGCCAACUUAGAGCUAGAUAGAGUUGAAUUUUCAUCGAACACCGUAAUAACAAAGAUGAAGGCUUGCAGUUUUGUUAGCCAUCCUUCCUUGCUCAUAAUUUUGAUAGUUUCAUGCCUUGGUGUAGAGGUAAGAGCACAAUUGACCACUGAUUUCUAUGCAACUAGCUGCCCUACUGUGUUCACCGUCGUUCGCCAAGAGGUCAUAAAAGCCCUUAUGAAUGAGAUGAGGAUGGGAGCAUCUCUGCUUCGACUCCACUUCCAUGAUUGCUUUGUAAAUGGCUGUGAUGGCUCAAUCCUACUAGAUGGAAGCAAUAGCGAGAAGCUUGCGUUUCCCAAUCGUAACUCUGUGAGAGGAUUUGAUGUUGUGGACACCAUCAAAGCUGCCGUCGAGAAUGAAUGCAACGACACUGUAUCAUGUGCCGAUAUACUCGCAAUUGCAGCUAGAGACUCGGUUUUCUUGAGUGGGGGACCCGAAUGGCAAGUUCUUGUGGGAAGAAGAGAUGGAUUAGUAGCCAACCAGACAGGAGCCAACAUUGGCCUUCCUGCUCCCACGGAUUCCAUCAACACAAUCAUAACUAAAUUUAACAAUGUUGGUCUUAACACCACAGACGUUGUCGUCUUAUCAGGUGGCCACACAAUCGGUCGAGCCCGUUGCGUAACAUUUUCCAACCGUCUAUUUAACUUCUCUAGUACAGAUGCGACGGACCCGACACUAGACUCGACCAUGGCAUCAGAGCUACAGACCUUGUGCCAGGGCGGCGAUGGCAAUACAACUACUGUGCUUGACCGCAACUCUGCCGAUCUUUUCGACAACCACUACUACAUCAAUUUGCUGAACCAAAAAGGCCUCUUGUCAUCGGACCAGGGUCUCUUCUCGAGCGAUGAAGGGGUGGCGGCAACCAAGGCCUUGGUCCAGACCUACAGCAGCGAUAGCAGCCAGUUCAUGGAGGAUUUUGUGACUUCCAUCAUCAAGAUGGGAAAUAUAAGCCCCCUCACAGGUUCUGCUGGAGAGAUACGUAAGAACUGCAGGGUGGUCAACUGAACUCGGCAGGGUCACAAGCCUUGAAAGUUUCAGAUGUGGCUUAUGCGUUUGCUUAUCAAAAUGUCUCUAUUAGAGUUCAAAGGAAAAUGUAGCACUUAGCUGUGAUGGAAAGACGUUGUAAACAAUGCAUGAUUAAUUAAAGAAAAAAAUUCCACUA